AUGAUCUCUUCCCUCUUCAACUCCCCCCCAUCCCGGGAUUCUCUCCAUCUCUACGAAACCUCCUGGCUUCUUCCUCCUCUCGUCCUCGCCAUCCUCCGCGCCCUCAUCUCCCUCUACAUCUUCACCACUAUCUUCUUUAUCUGGGGCUGGGAUGGCACCCACGGCGACCGCGACCAAAUCGGCCAAUCCUUCAGCUACUUCACCUGGCUCACCUACUGGGGUCUGGGUUUCUAUUUCUGCUUCGCCGCCAUCCACACGGCCUGCUAUGCCUUGACCGGUCGUUCGGUGCUUUUCGAUCGCUGGCCGCGCUUUCUGCGUGUCCUCCAUGUCCUGUUUUAUACCACCAUCACCACCUUUCCAUUUCUUGUCACGAUUGUCUUUUGGGCGAUUCUGUUCAAGCCGCCUUGGUAUUCGGUUACUUUUACCGGUUGGUCGAAUAUCUCCCAACACGCCCUCAACUCCCUCUAUGCCCUGCUGGAAAUCAUCCUCCCAACUACUUCCCCCCACCCCCUCAUCACCCUUCCCUGUCUCAUUUUUCUUCUCCUCCUCUACGUUUCCCUGGCUUAUCUCACCUACCACACGGAAGGUUUCUACACUUACUCCUUCCUUGACCCCGGCCCGCAUGGUAAGGAUAGCGGCUUGGUCGCCGGAUAUUGCUUCGGCAUUCUCGCGGCGAUUCUUGUAAUUUUUGGCAUUUCCUGGGCUCUGAUUUGGUUGCGGGGUAGGGUUACUGCUGGUAAGGUUAAGAGGUCGGUUUAUGAUCGUGAACGGGAGGAGAGUCGUAAUGAGAUGGAGACUGUAGGUGUUGGGGUGGAUGAUGUUGAGACUAAGGCUUGA